UCCUUUUCACUCAGCAUGAAAGACUGGCAGUGGCUUCCCUUACAAAGCCUGAUCUACCCAGCGGUGGAUUUUUCAACAUCCAAGAUGUCCCAGUCAUCCACUGCUGAUGAGGGUACAACCUUCGAACACUUGUGGAGUACGCUUGAGCCAGACAGCACAUAUUAUGAACUUCCUCCACCUGGACACUCAGGGGACAGGGUGGCUAAUAGCAGCCUACCCAGCAACCGUGCUGAAGUCUGCAUGGGCGUUUACCACAUGAGAGACAUGAACGACAAUGUGAUGUCUCAGUACAGCCUACUGAGCAGCAGCAUGGAACAAAGUUUGGGGAACAGAGCAGCUUCGACCAGCCCGUACAGCUCAGAGAACACCUCCAACGUGCCAACACCAUCACCCUACUCCCAGCCAAACUCCACUUUCGAGGCCAUGUCUCCAGCCCCGGCAAUCCCCUCCAACACUGACUACCCUGGGCCUCACAACUUUGAGGUCACAUUCCAGCAGUCUAGCACCGCCAAAUCAGCCACAUGGACGUACUCACCAUUGCUCAAGAAACUGUACUGUCAGAUCGCCAAGACCUGUCCGAUUCAGAUUAAACUGGCUUCCACCCCCCCAAAUGGCAGUGUGAUACGAGCCAUGCCCAUAUACAAGAAGGCUGAACACGUCACAGAAGUGGUCAAGCGUUGCCCUAACCAUGAACUUGGACGGGACUUCAAUGAAAGUCAAACAGCUCCUGCAAGUCACUUGAUACGAGUGGAGGGCAGUAAUUUGUGUCAGUACGUGGACGACCCCGUGACAGGUCGACAGAGUGUUUUAGUACCAUUUGAAGCUCCUCAGGUGGGGACUGAGUUCACAACCAUUCUAUAUAAUUUCAUGUGCAACAGCAGUUGUGUUGGUGGAAUGAACCGCAGGCCUAUCCUCAUCAUAAUCACGCUAGAGACAAGAGACGGACAGGUCUUGGGUAGACGUUCAUUUGAGGGGCGAAUUUGUGCAUGUCCAGGCCGAGAUCGCAAAGCAGAUGAAGAUCAUUUCAGAGAACAACAGGCUCUAAAUGAAAGCGUGGCCAAAAAUGGAAAUGCAAAUAAACGAAAUUUCAAACAGACUCCAGCCAAUUUAACAGGCCCUUCUAUCAACAUCAAGAAAAGGCGACAUGGAGAAGAGGAGAUGUAUUACAUACCAGUCCGUGGCCGGGAAAACUUUGACAUCCUUAUGAAGAUAAAGGACAGUUUGGAGCUUGUGGAUUUUGUACCACAACAGUUAGUUGACUCCUACAGACAACAACAGCAACAGCUCCUGCAGAGACAGGGUCAAGUUGCCUCUCCAUCAACUUAUGGCACACUCAAUAACAUGAAUAUGAAUAAGAUUCAUGGGCCCAUCGGCAAGCUUCCCUCAGUCAACCAGCUUGUGACACAGCAGACUCAGCAGAACGCAGGGCCCUCUGCAUCCAUGUCACAUAUGGGUACGAACAUGCUGGGUGGACACCACAUGCAGACUAAUGGUGAUGUGAAUGGAGCCCACUCAUCCCAGUCUAUAGUGUCCACCUCUCACUGUACCCCUCCCCCACCUUACAAUCCCGACCCCAGCCUCGUCAGUUUCUUAACCAACCUGGGUUGCCAAAACUGUAUCGACUACUUCACGUCGCAGGGAGUCCAGAGUGUUUACCACCUUCAGACUCUUACAAUGGAGGAUCUUGGGGCCUUGAAAAUCCCUGAGCAGUUCCGGGUGGCGAUUUGGAGGGGCCUGCAAGACAUGAAGCAGGGCCACGAUUACGGCCAGCAGCUUAUUCGCUCCAGCAGUAAUAUGGCCACUAUGUCCAUCGGGCCUGGUGGAGAACUGCAGCGUCAGCGAGUAAUGGAGGCUGUGCACUUUAGAGUGCGUCACACUAUUACCAUCCCAAACCGUGGAGGGUCCACGGGGGGCGAAGAAUGGGCUGACUUUGGUUUUGACAUGCCAGACUGCAGGAUACACAAGCACUCCAUUAAAGAAGAGUUUGCAGAAAGCAACGUCCACUGAGAAGGAACGGUGAUCCACAGAGAUGAUGUCUUUAGUUUACCCUGCAUUUCAUACUGUCUGAAUGUGUUUUUUUUUAACUACAAUGGACAGUUUAUAUUAUUUUGUGUGUGUACUUCACAUAGUAGCACUUCCAUAUUUGACAACAAAUUAUUUUACACAUAAUUAUUAUACGGUACAAGUGCUUUGUACUGCUAGUGCUUUGUAGAGGCACCAUAGUCAUUUACAAUCCCAUUUCCCAGGCAUGAUUUAGUGGCUCCUCAUUGUGCUGCUAAAGGUUCAAAUGCAUUAUUUUCUCUUUUCAGCUGUGGCCUUAUAUUACUUAACACAGACAGAAAACGAUAUGACUUCACUCAAGUCGUUAAUAUUAGGACUAUGGGACAUCAUAUUGUAGUUGUACAUGUACAUGGUUAAAACCAGUGUGUGAUUUAACAACAUUGCCUUAUUUAUUUUGGGCUUUUGGCUGAUGAUAUUGAACUAUGUAUGUUCAAACUGGCAAGAAUAAGUGCCCACAAGUGAAAUCCCUGAAAUCAUUCUUUAAUUAUUUUUCUGGUUAUAGGUUUAUUAAAACAACAAAAUAAAUAUGAUGUGUUGCGUAUGGCUAGCUCAAAAGACAUUGUGUAACCUGUGGGUGGGAUCAUUAUUAUAUUUACAUGAAUUUGGCAGACAAUUUUAUUCAAAAGACUGGGAAACAAACCAAUGACCUUGGCAUUGACACAGCUGAACUGCAGGAAAGACUAUUCUCUCAUUACCAAAUGUCAUCAGUGUCAUACUAUACAUAAUAAGUCACAGUACCAUACAAGUUCAUGAGUAUAUGUCAUAAAUGUAAGCAAAGUGUAAAUCUCUUAAUGUUUGUUUUGUUUUGUUUUGUUUAAUGAGGCAAAAAAUAUAUAUAUUUCAAAUGAUUUUAUUAGAUGGUGCUUUACCCUGCAUUUAAAAAAAUCUUUUAGGAAUUUUCUUUUAUGUUGUUGACUGGGAAUAGGUUUUGUAGUAUUACCCUUGCAGGACAAGGUUUUAUUUAUCAUGCUAUAUUAUAAUAAUGCGUAUAAUUUGUCGUUGUUACUCAGUAAGCAAAAUGUAGUCACUAUAAUGUUUUAUUUUUUUAUUGUAUUAAUGAUUUCUGUUUUCAGGAUGCUUCAUCAAAUUGCAAAACUGUGCCUCACUUGAGAAAAGCCGAGGCAUUAGGGUAAAUCUCAUGUAAAAAUGUCCAAGUUAGAUUUCACCAGAAUUUUCUAUAAAUAAAUGAUAGUAUAUUUGACCAUUUUCAUGACAAUUGUCCCCCAUUCUCACUACUGUAAAGCAAUAAUAAUAAUGAUUUUCUUAUGCUUAAGUGUAAUGUAAAUUAUGUCACAAUGCACCACAUUUUAAUGAUCUUAAAAAAGGCUUACUUUUAUUUAAGAAAAAAUAUUUCUUUCUGCUUCUUUGUUUUGGUUCUGGGGUGAAAUAUGACAAGGACAUGACAGGUUUUGUAAGAUUCCAUCAAUAAUUUGGUUUAAGGAAGACAAGUUAAAUGUUUUUUUUAUUCUUUGAGGGCCCAGUAAUAUAAUUUGCUACCAUUAGAAAAAACAAGUGUACAGCUGACCCACACAUCUAAUAUAAUACGAACUCAUCAAAACUUAUUUGUCCUGAUGUUUUUUAGCUGGGAAAAUUUUAAGAAAGCAGAAAUGUGUUCCAGGGAGUAAUAAUUGUCCAUUCAUGAAUGUGUACAAAUUUCUUUCAAUUUAUCAUUUUCUAGCAUGUUACAUGUAAGCAGAAAAUGUCUGUAUGACAUAAACUAAGGGCCCAUGUCUUGAACAUUAAUAGUUAAGUGGGUUGGGUGGGUUGAAUGCAGUCAAAGGUACAACGUUCAAUGAUCAACAUGCAAAUACAUAAGUAUGUAACUAGUGUUAACAAUACUGUUCAUUGUUGUUCAUGUGUUGAAUAUACCCUUUACAAUAUUGGGUGCUGUUAAAAGGGUUGCAGGUGAGGUUAAUUAAGGAUUUAUUAUUGGCAAUGAUGGUUAAAUGCCAUCAUGUACAUUAAGGCACUUUAUGGCUUUAGGAUGUUGUAAACAAUGUUAUAUUUACAGUUAAUAUCAGUCAGUAUUAUGUCAUGCUGUCAUUUUGACAAUUACAGAUUUUAGAAAUGUUUUAAUAGUUAAUAUCUGUGGUUUCAUCAAAGAGAUGUAAUGCUGUUUCUUUUUUUAUAUUGCCAUGUUUAAAAUAUGUAAUGUGAUUUCUUUUUUAAAUAAAUGCUAAAGUGUGCA